GGUAAUGUUCCAUUCCAAAACUUUCGAAAGCUUCCAUUAGCGACUAAUCCAGCCUUCGUUAAGGGUGAUUAGAAUUUGAUUAAUUUCAAGGCCUCAGAUCGGAGAUUGAAUGGAGUGCGGUGGUGCGCUGCAGCUGCCGCCGGGGUUCAGGUUCCACCCGACGGACGACGAGCUGGUGAUGUACUACCUGUGCCGCAAGUGCGGCGGCCUCCCCCUCGCCGCCCCGGUGAUCGCCGAGGUGGACCUCUACAAGUUCAACCCAUGGGAUCUCCCCGAGAGGGCGAUGGGAGGGGAGAAGGAGUGGUACUUCUUCUCGCCGCGGGACCGGAAGUACCCGAACGGGCAGCGGCCGAACAGGGCGGCGGGGACGGGGUACUGGAAGGCGACGGGGGCGGACAAGCCGGUGGGGUCGCCGCGGGCGGUGGCGAUCAAGAAGGCGCUCGUCUUCUACGCCGGGAAGCCGCCCAAGGGCGUCAAGACCAACUGGAUCAUGCACGAGUACCGCCUCGCCGACGUCGACCGCUCCGCCGCCGCCCGCAAGCUCUCCAAGUCCUCCCACAACGCCCUCAGGUUGGAUGAUUGGGUGUUGUGCCGAAUCUACAACAAGAAGGGAGUGAUCGAGAGGUACGACACGGUGGACGCCGGCGAGGACGUGAAGCCGGCGGCGGCGGCGGCGGCGGCGAAGGGUGGUCGCAUCGGCGGCGGCGGCGGCGCGGCGGCGAUGAAGGUGGAGCUCUCCGACUAUGGGUUCUACGACCAGGAGCCGGAGUCGGAGAUGCUGUGCUUCGACCGGUCGGGGUCGGCGGACCGCGACUCGAUGCCGCGGCUGCACACCGACUCCAGCGGGUCGGAGCACGUGCUGUCGCCGUCGCCGUCGCCGGACGACUUCCCCGGCGGCGGCGACCACGACUACGCCGAGAGCCAGCCCAGCGGCGGAUGCGGCGGGUGGCCCGGCGUCGACUGGGCCGCCGUCGGCGACGAUGGCUUCGUCAUCGACAGCUCCCUCUUCGAGCUGCCCUCGCCGGCGGCGUUCUCCCGCGCCGCCGGCGACGGCGCCGCCUUCGGCGACAUGUUCACGUACCUGCAGAAGCCGUUCUAAUUAACGGAACGUGACGCCUCUGCAAACGCUAAUUAGCUCACUAACCACUGUCAGGUCGAUCGUGUAAUUCUUUUACCAGUCUAGGGUACAGCCAAAAAACCAAAAAUUAACCGUGCUCGAUCGAUCGAUCGAUCCAUGGAUCGAUGAUCGCCUCCACCGGCAGAUCAAAAUCGAAGCAAAAAAUCAGGGAGAAUUCUUGGUACUUCCAGUACCUCUCGUCGACACCACGUGUCGGGUUUUCUGCACCGCGGAUCCUCGCUGGCCGCAUCGUAACGGCGAGCGAGGUUAAAAAUAGUGGAGAAUUCAAGAACACAUCCCUGAUUUUUGUUUCUGCCGGAUGGGGAGUACCGUGAGCAUGGUAGAAAUGACUGGUAAAAUUUUCGUUGAUGAUAGGUAGCCAGAGUCGAUGUAACCAGUCGAUUUUUUUUUUUUUUGGUUUUAGUUGACAUGCCUUCCUGAUAGAUUCAGAACAAACAAUAGAGAAGAGAGGAGAAAAAAACACAGAGGAGAAAUUCAGAGACCAAAGUUCAAAGUUUUGGAAUUUUCAGGGGCGCCAGCAGCUGAUGGUAUUGUCAGUCGUGUCUAGGUUCGUAGAGGAAAUUAAAAUGUAGAAGAACGGGUACUUCAGUUCACUUCAGGUUCGUUCGUGCCAAACAGGUCUCUGACACUUUAGUUAGGUUUUGAUUUUUUUUUCUCUUUUUUUCUGGUUUUUUGUCGUUUGGUAAUGUAAUGUAAGGGUGAUUGCGACAUGGUAUUUAUGUGAUUAGAGUCGCUUUCAGUUGGGUCUCUCGCGUGACCUGGAAAGCCAAAUUUUGUAAUGCAA